AUGACUCGUAAAUGGCAGCAGCUGCAGACAAAAAGGUAUGCAGAGAAGAGAAAGUUUGGAUUUGUAGAUGCCCAGAAGGAGGAUAUGCCACCUGAGCAUCUUAGGAAGAUUAUUAGAGAUCAUGGUGACAUGAGCAGCCGCAAGUACAGACACGACAAGCGUGUAUACCUUGGAGCUCUCAAGUAUAUGCCUCAUGCUGUGCUGAAACUUCUAGAGAAUAUGCCAAUGCCCUGGGAGCAGAUUCGAGAUGUGAAAGUCUUGUACCACAUCACUGGUGCAAUUUCUUUCGUCAAUGAGAUCCCUUGGGUUGUUGAGCCCAUAUAUAUUGCCCAGUGGGGGACAAUGUGGAUUAUGAUGAGGCGAGAGAAGCGAGAUCGUCGUCAUUUCAAAAGGAUGAGGUUUCCACCCUUUGAUGAUGAAGAGCCACCAUUGGAUUAUGCUGACAACGUCUUGGAUGUGGAACCUCUUGAAGCCAUUCAGAUGGAAUUGGAUUCUGAAGAGGAUAGAAGUGUUCAUGACUGGCUUUAUGAACACAAGCCAUUGAUUGAAUCAAAAUAUGUCAAUGGGACAACCUACCGGCGCUGGCAGCUGGCUCUUCCACAGAUGGCAACAUUGUACAGACUGGCAAACCAGCUCCUUACUGACUUGGUGGAUGAGAACUAUUUCUAUUUGUUUGAUCUGAAAUCCUUCUUCACAGCAAAAGCCCUGAAUAUGGCUAUCCCAGGAGGUCCAAAGUUUGAGCCACUUAUCAAGGAUGGCAAUGCAGGGGAUGAAGACUGGAAUGAAUUCAAUGACAUCAACAAGAUCAUUAUCAGGCAGCCUAUUAGGACAGAAUAUCGUAUUGCUUUUCCAUACCUCUACAACAACAUGCCCCAGUUUGUCCAUCUAUCCUGGUACCACUCUCCAAAUGUUGUGUUUAUCAAAACAGAGGAUCCAGACUUGCCUGCAUUUUACUUUGACCCUCUCAUCAACCCAAUUGCACACAGGCACACAGCCAAGGUGCCAGAACCAUUACCAGAUGAUAUUGAAGAUUUUGAGCUCCCAGAUGUCUGUCAGCCCUUCAUGCAAGAGUUCCCAUUGUACACAGACAAUACAGCCAAUGGUAUUGCUCUUCUUUGGGCACAAAGGCCGUUCAGUCUCCGUUCAGACCGAACAAGACGAGCCAUGGAUAUCCCUCUGGUGAAAGCCUGGUACCGAGAACAUUGUCCUGCUGGCAUGCCAGUCAAAGUGCGCGUGUCUUACCAGAAACUUCUCAAGUACUUUGUACUCAAUGCCCUUAAGCAUCGACCUCCCAAACCACAGAAGAAGAGGUACCUGUUUCGAUCCUUCAAGGCAACCAAGUUUUUUCAGUCAACAACUCUUGACUGGGUGGAAGUUGGAUUGCAGGUAUGUCGUCAGGGGUACAACAUGCUAAACCUCCUCAUUCAUCGAAAGAACCUCAACUAUCUUCACUUGGACUACAACUUCAAUUUAAAACCUGUGAAGACACUGACUACAAAAGAAAGAAAGAAGUCCCGCUUUGGGAAUGCAUUCCAUUUGUGUCGAGAGAUCUUGCGUCUGACAAAGCUGAUUGUCGAUUCUCACGUUCAGUAUCGGCUAAACAACGUGGAUGCAUUCCAGUUGGCAGAUGGUCUUCAAUAUGUAUUUGCCCAUGUGGGUCAGCUGACUGGGAUGUACCGCUACAAGUAUAAGCUGAUGAAACAGAUCCGCAUGUGCAAGGAUCUCAAGCAUGUUUCCUACUACAGAUUCAACACUGGUCCAGUUGGGAAAGGACCAGGAUGUGGAUUCUGGGCUCCUGGCUGGCGCGUGUGGCUCUUCUUCCUCCGAGGUGUAACACCAUUGUUGGAGAGAUGGCUUGGCAAUCUUCUUAGCAGACAGUUUGAAGGCCGUCACUCAAAAGGAGUUGCCAAGACUGUGACCAAGCAGAGAGUGGAGUCACACUUUGACUUGGAACUCAGAGCUUCUGUGAUGCAUGACAUCCUGGAUAUGAUGCCAGAAGGAAUGAAACAGAACAAGGCCAGAACCAUCUUGCAACACCUGAGUGAGGCAUGGAGAUGUUGGAAGGCCAACAUUCCAUGGAAGGUACCUGGAUUGCCAACUCCAAUCGAGAACAUGAUCCUUCGCUAUGUGAAGAUGAAGGCUGAUUGGUGGACAAACACAGCUCACUACAACCGGGAGCGCAUCCGCCGUGGAGCCACUGUGGACAAGACUGUUUGCAAGAAGAACUUAGGCCGCCUCACUCGCCUGUAUCUCAAGGCAGAGCAGGAGCGGCAACACAAUUACCUCAAGGAUGGGCCCUACAUCAGUCCAGAGGAGGCAGUGGCCAUCUACACCACAACUGUGCAUUGGUUGGAGUCUCGGCGAUUUGCUCCCAUCCCAUUCCCUCCCCUCUCCUACAAGCAUGACACCAAACUUCUCAUCUUAGCUCUGGAAAGGCUCAAGGAGGCAUACAGUGUGAAAUCCCGCUUGAAUCAGAGUCAAAGAGAGGAGCUGGGAUUGAUCGAGCAGGCAUAUGACAACCCUCAUGAAGCUCUGUCUCGAAUCAAACGUCACCUGCUUACACAGAGGGCAUUCAAGGAAGUUGGAAUAGAGUUCAUGGAUCUCUACAGUCAUCUCAUCCCGGUGUAUGAUGUAGAACCCCUGGAGAAGAUCACAGAUGCCUAUCUUGACCAGUAUUUGUGGUAUGAGGCUGACAAGCGGCGGCUCUUUCCCCCUUGGAUCCAGCCAUCAGACACUGAGCCACCGCCUCUUCUCGUCUACAAGUGGUGUCAGGGAAUCAACAACCUACAAGAUGUAUGGGAAACUGGAGAAGGAGAGUGCAAUGUCCUGCUUGAGUCUCAUCUGGAAAAGCUAUAUGAGAAGAUUGAUCUAACUCUUCUCAACCGGCUCCUUCGUCUCAUUGUGGAUCAUAACAUUGCAGAUUACAUGACUGCCAAGAACAACAUUGUCAUCAAUUACAAGGACAUGAACCAUACCAACAGCUAUGGAAUCAUUCGAGGUCUCCAGUUCGCCUCCUUCAUCGUCCAGUAUUAUGGCCUUGUGAUUGAUUUAUUGAUGCUUGGCCUACAAAGAGCAUCUGAGAUGGCUGGACCUCCCCAAAUGCCCAAUGACUUCCUCACAUUCCAAGAUGUAGCCACAGAAAGUGCUCAUCCCAUCCGACUAUACUGUCGUUACAUUGACCGAAUCCACAUAUUCUUCAGAUUCUCAGCAGAGGAGGCACGGGAUCUGAUUCAGCGCUAUCUCACAGAACAUCCUGAUCCCAACAAUGAGAACAUUGUUGGCUACAACAACAAGAAGUGCUGGCCUCGAGAUGCACGCAUGCGACUCAUGAAGCAUGAUGUGAACUUGGGUCGAGCAGUGUUCUGGGACAUCAAGAAUCGUUUGCCACGUUCAGUGACAACAGUUGAAUGGGAAAACAGUUUUGUCUCUGUGUACUCCAAAGACAAUCCCAAUCUGCUUUUCAACAUGAGUGGCUUUGAGUGCCGCAUCCUGCCUAAGUGUCGGACAACUCACGAGGAGUUCACACAUCGAGAUGGAGUUUGGAACCUACAGAAUGAGGUGACCAAAGAAAGAACUGCCCAGUGUUUUCUGCGAGUAGAUGAUGAAUCCUUGCAGCGUUUCCACAAUCGUGUUAGGCAGAUCCUCAUGGCAUCAGGCUCUACCACCUUCACAAAGAUUGUGAACAAAUGGAAUACAGCUCUCAUUGGCUUGAUGACAUACUUCCGAGAAGCUGUUGUCAACACACAGGAGCUAUUGGAUCUCCUGGUGAAAUGUGAGAACAAAAUCCAGACCCGAAUCAAGAUUGGACUCAACUCCAAGAUGCCUAGUCGUUUCCCCCCUGUUGUGUUCUACACCCCCAAGGAAUUGGGAGGCUUGGGAAUGCUCUCCAUGGGACAUGUCCUCAUCCCACAGUCUGACUUGAGAUGGUCAAAACAGACAGAUGUGGGCAUCACUCACUUCCGCUCAGGUAUGAGUCAUGAUGAGGAUCAGGUCAUUCCCAAUCUCUAUCGUUACAUCCAGCCCUGGGAAUCAGAGUUCAUAGACUCUCAGAGAGUCUGGGCUGAAUAUGCUUUGAAGAGACAAGAAGCCAAUGCCCAGAACAGGCGAUUGACCUUGGAGGACUUGGAGGAUAGCUGGGACAGGGGUAUCCCUCGCAUCAACACUUUGUUCCAGAAGGAUCGGCACACCCUUGCAUACGACAAGGGCUGGAGAGUCCGAACGGAGUUUAAGGCCUACCAGGUGUUGAAGCAAAAUCCUUUCUGGUGGACACACCAGCGUCAUGAUGGAAAGCUGUGGAACCUAAACAAUUAUCGAACAGACAUGAUUCAGGCACUUGGAGGAGUGGAGGGGAUUUUGGAGCACACGCUGUUCAAGGGAACAUAUUUCCCUACUUGGGAGGGUCUCUUCUGGGAGAAGGCAUCCGGAUUUGAGGAGUCCAUGAAAUACAAGAAGCUGACCAAUGCACAGCGAUCAGGGUUGAAUCAGAUUCCCAAUCGACGAUUCACCCUUUGGUGGUCACCCACCAUCAACCGGGCCAAUGUUUAUGUUGGUUUUCAGGUUCAACUGGACUUGACAGGAAUCUUCAUGCAUGGAAAGAUCCCAACCCUCAAGAUCUCUUUGAUUCAGAUCUUCCGAGCGCAUUUGUGGCAGAAGAUCCACGAAUCAGUUGUCAUGGAUCUUUGUCAGGUUUUUGAUCAAGAGCUUGAUGCCUUGGAGAUUGAGACAGUUCAGAAGGAGACAAUUCAUCCCCGAAAGUCUUACAAGAUGAAUUCUUCUUGUGCAGACAUUCUCCUUUUUGCUUCUUACAAGUGGAAUGUCUCCCGACCAUCUCUCUUGGCUGAUUCUAAGGACACAAUGGACAACACUACAACUCAGAAGUAUUGGAUCGAUGUGCAGUUGCGUUGGGGAGAUUAUGAUUCCCAUGAUGUGGAGCGAUAUGCUAGGGCCAAGUUUUUGGACUAUACCACAGACAACAUGUCCAUCUAUCCAUCUCCAACCGGUGUGCUCAUCGCAAUUGACUUGGCCUACAAUCUUCAUAGUGCAUAUGGGAACUGGUUCCCUGGGAGCAAACCAUUGAUCCAGCAGGCCAUGGCAAAGAUCAUGAAAGCUAAUCCAGCCCUGUAUGUGUUGAGAGAACGAAUUCGAAAGGGUCUCCAACUCUAUUCAUCAGAACCUACAGAACCUUACCUCUCAUCCCAGAAUUAUGGAGAACUCUUCUCCAAUCAGAUUAUCUGGUUUGUUGAUGACACAAAUGUGUAUCGUGUGACAAUCCACAAGACCUUUGAAGGGAACUUGACAACAAAGCCUAUCAAUGGUGCCAUCUUCAUCUUCAACCCCCGAACUGGACAGUUGUUCCUCAAGAUCAUCCACACAUCUGUGUGGGCAGGUCAAAAGCGUUUGGGACAGUUGGCAAAGUGGAAAACAGCUGAGGAAGUGGCUGCUCUCAUCCGAUCCCUCCCAGUUGAGGAGCAGCCAAAGCAGAUCAUUGUGACUCGAAAGGGAAUGUUGGAUCCCCUUGAAGUCCAUCUUCUUGACUUUCCUAACAUUGUGAUCAAGGGAUCAGAGCUCCAGCUUCCAUUCCAAGCUUGUUUGAAGGUUGAGAAGAUAGGAGACCUUAUCCUCAAGGCCACUGAGCCUCAGAUGGUGCUUUUCAAUCUAUAUGAUGACUGGCUGAAGACCAUCUCAUCAUAUACGGCCUUCUCUCGAAUGAUCCUCAUUUUGCGUGCUAUGCAUGUGAACACGGAUCGAACAAAGGUGAUACUGAAACCAGACAAGACAACUAUUACAGAACCACAUCACAUUUGGCCCUCUCUCUCUGAUGAAGAAUGGGUCAAAGUUGAAGUCCAACUUAAGGACCUCAUCCUUGCUGACUAUGGCAAAAAGAACAAUGUGAAUGUAGCAUCACUGACUCAGUCAGAGAUCCGAGACAUCAUCUUAGGCAUGGAGAUCAGUGCUCCCUCUCAGCAGAGGCAGCAGAUUGCAGAGAUUGAGAAGCAGGCCAAGGAGCAGAGUCAGCUGACUGCCACAACCACUCGCACUGUCAAUAAACAUGGAGAUGAGAUCAUCACAACCACUACCUCCAACUAUGAAUCUCAGACAUUCAGUUCAAAGACUGAAUGGCGUGUGAGAGCCAUCUCGGCCACCAACCUCCACCUUCGUACAAACCACAUCUAUGUGUCGUCAGAUGACAUCAAGGAGGCAGGAUACACAUAUAUCCUGCCUAAGAAUGUCCUUAAGAAGUUUAUCAUCAUCUCUGACCUCCGUGCCCAGAUAUCUGGAUACCUGUUUGGAGUGAGCCCGGCAGACAACCCGCAGGUAAAAGAGGUACGGUGUGUGGUACUGCCUCCACAGUGGGGCACCCACCAGACAGUGCACCUCCCUCAAAUGCUGCCUCAACAUGAGCUUUUGAAGGAGAUGGAACCUUUGGGGUGGAUUCACACUCAACCCAAUGAGCUCCCUCAGCUGUCACCACAGGAUAUCACUACCCAUGCAAGAGUCAUGGCAGACCAUUCAUCAUGGGAUGGAGAGAAGACAAUUGUGAUCACAUGCAGUUUCACUCCUGGCUCUGUCUCUCUCACAGCCUACAAACUCACUCCAAGUGGGUUUGAGUGGGGGAGGCAGAACACAGAUCGAGGAAACAAUCCAAAGGGGUACCUUCCCAGUCAUUAUGAGAGAGUGCAAAUGCUUCUGUCAGAUCGAUUCCUUGGCUUCUUCAUGGUCCCUGCUCAGGGAUCAUGGAAUUACAACUUCAUGGGUGUUAGGCACGAUCCCGGGAUGAAGUACGAGUUGAUGCUGGCCAAUCCCAAGGAGUUCUAUCACGAGGUCCAUCGUCCCUCACACUUCUUACAGUUUGCUGCCAUCGAGGAAGGCGAAGGAGUUGGUGCUGAUCGGGAAGAUCUCUUUGGCUAAGUCCAUGUUUCUUUUAUGUUUUGAGUGACUGAUGCACUGUAUGGAUGUUUUGAUUUGAGAGCUGUCUGAUGAAUGAAGUUUAUUCUCUGGUCCUUA